AUGAGCGUACAAUCGGACUCGGAGAAACGAAAGCAAAUAUCCGUCCGCGGAAUUGUUGCUGUAGAAAAUGUUACCGAAGUGAAGAAGGCAUUUAACCGGCAUGUGCAUUACACUCUUGUUAAAGACCGGAAUGUUGCGACACCAAGAGAUUACUACUUCGCUUUGGCUCACACUGUCAGAGAUCAUCUGGUUUCCCGGUGGAUUCGCACCCAACAAUAUUACUAUGAAAAGGAUCCAAAACGAGUUUACUACCUCUCAUUGGAGUAUUAUAUGGGACGAUCCCUUCAGAAUACAAUGAUUAACCUGGGUAUUCAAGGAACUGUUGAUGAAGCUCUGUAUCAGAUUGGAUUGGAUAUUGAGGAACUAGAAGAGUUGGAAGAAGAUGCAGGGCUUGGAAAUGGAGGUCUUGGUCGUUUAGCUGCUUGUUUCCUCGACUCAAUGGCUACACUUGGCCUAGCAGCCUAUGGAUAUGGUAUAAGGUAUGAGUAUGGUAUUUUUGCGCAAAAAAUUGAGAAUGGAGAACAGCAAGAAGAACCAGACGAUUGGCUGAGGUAUGGAAACCCAUGGGAGAAGGCCAGACCAGAAUUUAUGAUUCCUGUUAAUUUCUAUGGGCGGGUUGCUGAUACUCCUCAAGGCAAGAAGUGGGUGGACACGCAGGUCGUGUUUGCUAUGCCGUAUGACAACCCGAUCCCGGGUUACAAUAACAAUGUCGUCAACACGCUGCGGUUGUGGUCAGCUAAGAGCCCCGUGGACUUCAAUCUAAAAUUCUUUAACUCCGGUGACUACAUUCAAGCCGUACUAGAUCGUAACGUUGCAGAGAACAUUUCGCGUGUAUUGUAUCCGAAUGACAACUUUUUUGAAGGAAAGGAACUCAGACUCCGUCAAGAGUAUUUCAUGUGCGCCGCUACUCUACAGGACAUCAUUAGGCGUUACAAAGCCUCCAGAUUUGGUAGUCGUAAGGCUGUCAGAACUACAUUCGAAUGCCUUCCAGAAAAAGUCGCGAUUCAGCUGAAUGACACCCAUCCGGCUUUAGCAAUUCCAGAGUUACUGCGCAUUUUACUCGAUAUUGAGAAAGUUCCGUAUGAUGAGGCCUGGAAACUUGUCAACCAAUGUUGCGCCUACACCAACCAUACCGUUCUCCCAGAGGCUUUGGAGAGAUGGCCCUGCUCAAUGUUAGAAAACUGUCUCCCCAGACACAUGGAACUCAUAUAUCACAUUAACUUCUUGCACCUUAAAGAGGUCGAGAAACGCUGGCCUGGAGAUAUGGACCGCAUGCGUCGUAUGUCUCUUAUUGAAGAAGAAGGUGAAAAGAGAGUGAACAUGGCCCAUCUAUGUGUGGUCGGUGCACACGCUGUCAACGGCGUUGCCGCCAUUCAUUCAGAUAUCCUGAAGGCAACCAUCUUCCGCGACUUCUACGAAAUGUGGCCAGAAAAAUUCCAAAACAAGACAAACGGAAUCACCCCACGGCGUUGGCUGUUGCUAUGCAACCCUGGCCUAUCUGAUCUGAUAUCCGAUAAGAUCGGCGAAGAAUGGACCGUCCACCUCGACCAAUUGAAGGGUUUGAAGCGGUGGUCGAAGGACGCCGGCUUCCAGCGUGCAGUGAUGAAGGUGAAGCAAGAAAAUAAGCUUAGAUUAGCGUCCCUGAUCGAAAGAGAUACGGGUGUGAAAAUUAACCCAGCUUCGAUGUUUGACGUCCAAGUGAAACGUAUUCACGAGUACAAGAGGCAAUUGUUGAACAUUUUGCACGUGAUUGUAAUGUACAACCGUAUAAAACGUGACCCCACUGCCCCAAUCGCCCCAAGAACAGUUAUGAUCGGUGGUAAAGCCGCACCAGGUUACUUUAUCGCUAAGCAAAUCAUCGCUCUGGCCUGCGCUGUAGGGGAUACUGUUAACAACGACCCCGAUGUAGGUGACAAGUUAAAGCUGAUCUUCUUAGAGAACUACCGAGUCACCCUGGCUGAGCGUAUAAUGCCAGCAGCCGAUCUGAGCGAACAGAUCUCGACCGCUGGUACUGAAGCUUCCGGAACCGGGAACAUGAAGUUCAUGCUUAACGGAGCAUUGACUAUUGGCACUAUGGAUGGAGCUAAUGUGGAAAUGGCAGAGGAAGCUGGAGAACAGAACUUGUUCAUAUUCGGCAUGAGGGUGGACGAUGUUGAAGCUCUGCAGAAGCGAGGGUACAACGCGUACGAGUACUACGAGCGCAACCCAGAGCUACGUCAAUGUAUCGAACAGAUCCGCAGCGGUUUCUUCACUCCUGGUGAACCUGGGAAGUUCCAGAAUGUAGCUGAUGUGCUACUCCAUCAUGACAGGUUCCUCCAUCUUGCCGAUUUUGAUGAUUACAUCAAGGCCCAGGAUAAGGUGUCCGCAGUUUAUCAGAAUCCAUCAAAAUGGGCGGAAAUGGUGAUCGAGAACAUCGCCUCGUCUGGCAAGUUUUCUUCGGACCGCACCAUUGCCGAAUACGCAAGGGAAAUUUGGGGUGUUGAACCCACUUGGGAAAAACUGCCCGCCCCGCAUGAGGUUGCUUAA